CGUCAGUCGGCAGUCGGCGGCAGCCGCGCGUCGCCGCAUCGCUCGUUAUGCGGCUAAACACCACCGAACUACAAUACACAACAUUUAAUCAACACCGCGCGCCCCUGUGCCGUGGUCGGCAUGUUGGGCGCGCGGCUCAAGUCGUGGAUGGAGGCGCAACUGGGGCGGGCGAAGAAGCGUAAACAGAAGCAAACGCGGCCGACGCCGCAGACCAUCGCCGGGCCCGCCCCUCCCCCGCACUUGUCCUCGCCGGAGAGCGCGUACAGCACCGGCUACUCGACAGACGGGACGUCGCCGGGCACCGCACCCACCGCGCUCGCUGCACCGUUAGUCGCACCGCCACCGCCACCAACUCCGCCUACUACGCAUCUGUACCAUGAGCCUGCAAAGCGGCGGUCUAAUCCACCAGUGCAAAUACGGCGUUGCGUUCCCGAGCCGGUUCUUUGUGCGACCCCGUCCCCUCGCCCUAGGUGCAGGAUCCGAACGAACCCCUGGCUGGGUGCCACGUCGCCAAGUAGGAGGCGCCCGGGACACCUGUGUCAACAACAAUCGCUGCAGUGUCCGCAAACAGUAGCGCCUCAGUUGCAACACGCGUCGCACUCUGUGGAUUCACAGGCCGCGAAAUUCGAUUCUAGGUCACCACAUUUAUCGCCGCAUCUAUCACCGCAUUUGUCGUCGGAGCCCAGGAAAUACCGUGGUGGUGUAUCCAGCGACGAAGAGGGUCGUGUGCGCGGUAGAGAAACAGCAAUACUAUCCGAUGCCGAUAUAGACUCUGACGGAGAUACCGGACUGGAUGGAGGCGAUGAAGAGGAAGCCGAUGAUCUGGAUAUGGCCUCGCCGGGGAAACGAAGAGCAAGAAGACGCAGACCUCCGAGACGCGCACCGAGAUCAGCUGGAGCGACCCCCCCGCGUUCCCGACGCAGAAACCACACUCCCGCGCCUCCAGCGCCGGUACGAGACCCUCUUUUAGAAGCGGACAGAGAAGCCGAGAGAAAGUACCGAGAGCUCAUAAGAGAGGCCGAAAAGCUAUUAGUAACUGUAUCGAGGGCCCCUUUAGAGCCUCCACACAAUCCAAGAGUUAGGGAGUUACGGGCUACCGAAGUGGAAGUCCCUCGUCGUAGUCCCGAACGCACUCAUUUGACGAACUUCAUGCGCGCCAACUCACCUGAACCGCGGCGUCUGUCCCCCGCCCCGCGCCGCUCCCCGCUGGCCGCACCGCCCCCUCCUGCACGCACCCCCCCCUCGCCGACCGACAGGCCGCACUCUGAGCCACCCAAGAGGAAGGCCUAUGCUAGAGACGAGGUACUGCAAACAUUGGAAGGGCUUCGAAAAAGCCUCCAGCAACAAUCGGCGCUACUAGCGGUGCAGCGCACAAGGCUGGACUCCUUGUAGUUCCUACAAUCACAAACGAUGUCUCUUCAACAUGAUUAGCAUCAUUUAGCGAAGAUUCCUUAAUUCUCCCUAGUUAUCCAGUAGUGACGG